UUGGCGACGAAGGAUGAGGGGCUUGUGAGCGAUAAAGCCUACCAUGAACUGAGGAUGGCGCUCCCCGAAAGUUUCCGAAGUCACGUCCCGCCACUGUCAACAAUAUUGCAGGAAAGGAGGACACAAAAUAAGGAAAUCGAAGUAAUUCCAAUUCCAGAGGUAAAUUAUUUUGUUGGUAAACUUAUAUUACACUCGAGGCAGAUAUAGCUUUUUAAAGUACGAUGGAGGUGGCUCCCCACAGUAAGUUUAACAGGAUGACAAGCGGAAGCCAUAUAAUUUCUUAUGCAUAAGGGUUUGUGUUCCUGGCAUUCACGCUGAUUUAUCAACAACAAUCCAAGACUUUUUAUUUUGAUCAUUUGUGUGUGUCAAAGGUGCUAUAUGGCAACAAGCAUUGACUUUCAGUGAGGGCAAAAAGCUUUGCUGAAAGUGAAAAACAUUCAGUCAGCACAUUUGCCAAAGAAAACAAUUUUAAACCAUAUUUAACUAAGCCUAUGUUUAAUCUUUGGUGGGUAUGAGAUUAGUCUCUUAUGAUGUUGUAACAAUUUUUUUCUGAUUGUGUCAAAUACUUAUUAAUUACUUUUUUUGGGGGUUUUGAAUUAAUGCAGGCCAAGCAAGGUGAUGGUGCCCGUAGAAGUGUUUGCGAUGUUCUGGAAUAUUUAAUCACUAUACCCGAAGUCAAAGAGGCCAUCAAGAAAGAUGGUUCUAAAAUUAAGCUCCGAUUUGCGGCGGAUGGGAGGCGAACCAGCAAAAGAAUCGGCACCGUGAUGGCAGUUUUUAACAUCUUGUGUGAGAACAAAGCAACGUAUGAAUACCAGUAUACCCUGGCAUUGUACAAUGGUAAG